GCGACGCGCCAGCGGCUGGCGCAGCCCUUCGCUCGCCCGGCCUCCCCCUCCCUGGUUCCGUGCUGUGGUUCCGCCAUGGAAUCCAACAAGGAUGAAGCCGAGCGCUGUAUCAGCAUCGCCCUCAAGGCCAUCCAAAGUAACCAGCCCGACCGGGCGCUCCGCUUCCUGGAGAAGGCGCAGCGGCUGUACCCGACGCCGCGAGUUCGCACUCUGAUCGAGUCCCUCAACCAGAAGCCACAGUCUGCUGGUGAGCAAGCCCAUCCCACAGAUACAACCUACAAGAAAGCAGGAGGGAGCGAUGCCCCCUCGGCCAACGGCGAAGCAGGAGGAGGAGGAGGAGGAGGAGGAGGAGGAGGAGAGAGCAAAGGCUAUACUGCAGAACAAGUGGCAGCUGUGAAAAGGGUCAAGCAGUGUAAGGAUUACUACGAGAUCCUGGGGGUGAGCAGAGCAGCUUCAGAUGAGGACCUGAAGAAGGCCUACCGAAAACUGGCCCUCAAAUUCCACCCAGACAAGAACGAUGCACCUGGUGCCACAGAAGCUUUCAAAGCCAUUGGCACAGCAUAUGCAGUACUUAGCAACCCGGAGAAAAGGAAACAGUAUGACCAAUUUGGUGACGACAAGGGCCAGGCUGCCCGGCAUGGCCAUGGGCACGGGGACUUCCACCGUGGCUUCGAGGCCGACAUCUCCCCUGAAGACCUCUUCAACAUGUUCUUUGGCGGUGGCUUUCCUUCUAGUAACGUCCAUGUCUACAGCAAUGGCCGCAUGCGCUACACCUACCAGCAAAGGCAGGACCGCAGGGACAACCAGGGUGACGGCGGGCUAGGGGUAUUUGUGCAGCUGAUGCCCAUCCUCAUCCUGAUCCUCGUGUCAGCUCUCAGCCAGCUCAUGGUCUCCAGUCCACCCUACAGUCUGAGCCCAAGACCGUCGGUGGGCCAUGUCCACAGGCGAGUCACUGACCACCUGAGUGUCAUCUACUACGUGGCAGACACCUUCUCAGAAGAGUACACAGGUGCCAGCCUCAAGACAGUUGAACGGAAUGUAGAAGAUGAUUACAUCGCCAAUCUCCGAAACAACUGCUGGAAGGAAAAGCAGCAAAAGGAAGGCUUGCUAUACCGGGCCCGCUACUUCGGUGACACAGACAUGUACCACAGAGCACAGAAGAUGGGCACUCCGAGCUGCAGCCGGCUGUCAGAGGUGCAGGCCUCCCUGCAUGGAUAGUCCUGGGCCAUCCACGCCAGCCAGGUCCAAACUAUGAAAUCCCUGGAGAAUUUCUGGUGACACUCACUGAGCCAAGGUGACGGACUGUAUAUUUAAGGAAAGACACACAAAGACAAAAAAAUUAAAAUGGAAUUGGAGGCCGAACACCGCA